AUGUCGUUUAUGAUGCACGCCUCCGAUAACGCAGACAGCUACUACUUGGACAUUCGAGAUCGAGCAACGAGAAUCGAAAGCUUCGGUGCUCUGGGCGAGAUCCAUGUGAACGGUGUUCCAGUCAAUCGGAUCAAGUCGCUUGAGUCACAGCUCCGAGCAGCGCAAGACAGGCCUGCCGAUGGGUCUCCUCUGGGCAACGAGGAGCAAGCCAGAGAAGAAUCACCUAUGAGGCUGCCGGAAGCAGAGCCUCCGGGCUCAAUCAAAAUCCGCCGUUACGGCCAUGCAGCCUAUCUCGGCCACAGCUCGACACUCAGCUUCAGCCGCAAUGUUCGAAACCUUCUUCAGUCUUCGACUCCUAUCGCAGAUCCGGGUAGUGUAUCUAUAGAGCGCGAAGAUGUAUCCUACACUUCUCCUCUCCCACCUCUUGCACUAGACCUCACAAAAGUCCCAUUACCCCAACUUUCUUAUGCAGAAUACUUGACCAACACUAUUGUUCUAACCUUUGGGUCACUAUACUCUUUGUUCGACGCCGAAGCGUUUUUGGAGAAGCUGAGAAUGUUCUACUCGGAACGUGCUACAGGAACUGUCCCGAACCCAUGCCUCUGGCAUAUUCAGAUGCUUCUAGUCCUAGGUCUCGGUAAGUCGAUACUCAGCCGAGAACAUUCGCAGUCGGGACCCGCAGGAAUGGUGUACUUCGCCAGCGCUAUCGAAGCCAUGUCAGAUAUUCGCAGACUCUACCAGAGCCCUUUCCUAUCAAUGGAGAUUCUCAGUCUGACAGCUCUAUUCAUGCACGCAACAGACAUGCUUCAAGAGGCCUACGUAACGAUAAUGAAUGUGUCAAUGCCCGAAGCAUUGAGACCACCAAACGUCGAGUACCAAAGGAGGCUCUGGUGGACAGUCUACUGCAUAGACAGAAAAACCGCUGCCAUGCUGGGAAGCACUAUGGUAGUCCGAGACGAUGACAUCUCCAUACCUUUCCCUGAAACGAAGGCCGGGGAUGAGGUCCAGAACAUCUUUGCUAUCCACGUCACUCUCUCAUCCCACCUCGGGAGGAUUCUCGACGUCAUAUACGGAGUACACAAUCAAAAGCAGCGUAACUUUGUGACACAAGUCAGAGAAAUCCUUGAACGUCUGGUACAGACUCUUGUUGUCCUACGAGAACACUUGGACUUGGACCUAGACGCGCCGUCGCAGCCCCUCACCCGCGAUGCUGCCACUUUACACCUGCUUCUUCAUCAAGUUCGUGAGAGCACCAAACAUUCGAGAGUCAUGACGCUGAUCAGGGGUACAUCGGCGAUCCAAAUUCUCAAGAUCAUGGCUGCGCUGAAACAGCAGAUGAUGUGCGACGCCCUAUUUUCUGCAGCCUUUGCGCUAGUCUUGAUAGAUAUCAUCCGACCCGCGAAUGAACUGCUGUGGGACUUGCCUCAGGCCAUACACCUACUCGACGAAUACGUGUCACGGCAUGUGGCGCCUGCACAGGCUUACCGGUCAGAUCUAUUACAGCUUGUGGAGCUGCACACCAAGCUUCGUGGCAGCGGCGAUAUCGCAGACGCACACCGGCAAGAUGAAGGCCAGGAAGCGGAAAGCAACGCUAGACACACUCCUAAUAUGGUUAGAAACGCCAUCGCUAAUGCAGAUCCAUCGGGGGCCUCCGGCAGCCCGGUAUGGUCGCAAGUUCGACCUGGUAAUGAUGGUUCUGCGCCGACGAAUCUGGAGACAAUGAUGUCUGUUAUAGACGACCUGAAUGUUCACGAGUCAGAUAUUAUCGAUGCCGCAAUGCUCGAGGGCGGCUGGAUGUGGGAGGAUGACAACAUGUGGACGGCUGCAUAG